AAGUCCGGGCCCAGGCCCAAUUCUCCAACCUAAGAGGUUCUCAGCACUUUGCCCAAGGAGCGGUUAGUCUCAGUGCCAGACCUCGUUCCCAGAGAAGGGUCAGGGCGGGGCUGGAGCCUCGGCAAGGGCCCGACUUCUGGUUUCGAACAAGUGGAGGCUGAGGACCCGGGAACUUACUGCUACCCUACAACUUACAAGCUGUGUGACUCUGGGCAAAUUUACCUUCGCUGGGCUUUAGUAUAUGCAUCAAUGAUACUAGUCCAGACGAUCUUUAAGACCUGAAGAUAUUUCUGUGGAUAUGCGCAUAUAACUUUUGAAAAUAUCUAUUGUGUGCUGCUGCAUUUGUUAAUAAGAUGUUUGGUAGAUUGAGUCUUCCUCAAAUAAUUCUUGCAAGUGUCCUUGGUGUUGCUGGAGGAAUAUAUAUUUAUCAGCCAAUCUUUGAACAAUAUUCCCGAGAUCAGAAAUUAUUAAAGGAAAAGCCACAAAUUGUUCAAGAAUCAGAAGAGAAGAAAAGUUAAUGAUGGACUUGAAUUGUACUAGGUACUUAAAACCCAAGUCAUUGAGAAGAUGCACCUGUUAUUAUUUUGAGUAUGAUUAAAUCAAGGAUAAUGAUUUAA